AAAGUCACGAAGGAGCGUUGUGACAUACCUGUCCGUCCCUAAUGCUAGUGCAUCAGCUUGUUGGUGUAUCCCCAACUCCUUGGGCCAGAUUAGUACACCCUUCUCAGCGCUAGCACGAGGCCACCAACUCACAAAUUAUAUAUAGUCCUGGAUUCUACCUCGAUGUUCUGACAGCAUCAGACCUUGAAUUCCUGGCUAUUUCAGAAGCACUCUCCUUUCAACUUUUCCGAUAGCCACUAUCCUUGAUUCCGCACGACUUCAAACCCACCAACAUGAACGCUCAAGCCGGAUUCCUACCGAAACAAGCCAAAGCCCUGCUGGAUGGCCAGCAAAAAGUUCUUACAUACGAAGAAACAGGCGGGAAAGUAACAGCGCAAUUUGCGUCUCAUAAUCUGAACUUAAUUCCCUCCAUUCCAGCCUCCUCGAUCAUUCACGACAACACGUGUGGCUCUGGCACCGUCACCCGUCUCAUCCUGUCUUCGAAACCCCCCUCAAACAUAGUAAUACACGCCACAGACCAUGACCAGGCCUUUCUCGAUGUCCUCCAAGAAGACGUCAAGAAGAACUCCUGGCCCGUCGAAGUCACCAACCAGAAAUCAGAAAAUCUAUCUUUCCCGGACAAGUACUUCACGCACUCGAUCACCAACAUCGGCAUCUUCUUCACCACCUUAGCUGGGGUUGGUGGUGCAAAGGAAAUUUAUCGCACACUCAAACCUGGCGGCACCGCCAUCGUGAACUGCUGGGAGUAUGUAACAUGGUUUGCACCAAUCAAAGCAGUCCAUGACGUCCUUCGACCUGGAAAACCAUACCCAGCGCCAACGAUCAACUGGAGCGAUGGCAAGCAGCUCCAGAAGGUUAUGGUUGAAGCCGGCUUUGAGCAGGAAAAGAUGAAGGUUGAGAAGAGUGAGGCAUGGGCGCACCCGAAGGACGUGACGAAGUGGGCUGAGCUGGGGUGGGCUUUCCUCGGAGGCAUCGGAACAUGGCAGGAAAGCGACGAAGAGAGAUGGGAUGAGGCUGUUGGCCUUCUGGAGAAGGCCUUGAGAGAAGCUGAUGGUACAAAGAUUGUUGAUGGCGAGGUAUGGAUGCGUGCAAGCCAGUGGGUUGUGAUUGCAACGAAGUGAGGCGAAAGGCCGCUUAAGGAAGAGAGGAAUCUGAAGAUAUGUCUGCUCCUACACUGACAUUGGAUAAAGUCUCUAUGGACGGUUUCUAGACAGAGGUGGGCUGGAAAUUGGAUGUUGAUUGCAGGUUAAGGUUGAGACAAUCGAGAGUCAUAGAUCUAAGGUGCUUGUUCCUGUAAGGUUGUGAUAAGCUAUGCGAGACUCUUAUAGUAGAUGGG